AUUAAAACUUGGAAGCAGAGUAACUCUGUUUACUGGAUAAGAGGGUGAAAGAAAUCAUGACCCUCCUUUGAAACAAUGAAACAAAUAAUGGAAGUUUGAGAGGCGUAAACACCCGGAGCUUUCUCCACCAGGGGAGUCCAGGCCAGUGAUUCACGCAUCACGCCGGGGCUGCAUCAGCAGGCUGGACUAUAAGAAGGGGGAGAGUCCCGCAGGAAAGGCACCAUCCGGUCCAGAUUCUACUGCCGUACAGGUCUUCUCUGCUCAGCAGCCAUGAAAUUCUCCCUCAUUGUAGCCGUCGUCGUCCUUGCUCUGGCACAAGGAAGCUUUGCGCAAGAUGUUGGCAAUCUUGAAGGGGCCGGUCAGUACUUGGAGGAGAUGAAGAACAAAAUGGCUCAGGAGCUGACCCAGAUCCUCCGCAACCCAGAGUUUGCAAACCAGGCUCAGAACAUCCAAACCCAGCUGGAGCCCCUGGCUACUCAGAUUCAGGAGCAGAUCAAGACUGUCGCUGCCAACGUCGAGGAGCAGAUGAGGCCCAUGUUUGACAAGUUACAGAAGCAGAUAGAGGCCAUCCUCCAGACAAUUACAGACCAGGCCAGGCCCGUCAGCAACUAA